UCUCGUUUGGAGUUCGAGGGCCAUGCCAAUUGUACCUCCUUAGUCCUUUCCUUUGACAAUCACUCCCUUCUGCCCUCUUCCAAAUCUCAGCGCUUCAUCUUCUUCUUCUUCUUCUUCUUCUUCUUCUUCUUCUUCUUCUUCUGCACUCCACUUCCUUUUACUUUACUUCUCUUCCACUUCCAGAUCCUACCUUCUUCCGGACUUGACAUCUUUCUCUGCUUUUUCUGCAACUAUUUGCUACCAUUUUCGCCUCUUCGGAUCCCUCCUCCGAUCAAAACUAUUGGGUUCACCGGCAACAUGCCUUCUUUCUCAAUACAGAACACUUUUAUACAUGAGUUUCUCUAAGUUCUAGAACUAUGGGUAGAGGAAGAGGAAAGGGGAAGAAAUUCAGUGUAACCAGUCUUGAAGACCCAACAACUGGUGAGGAAGAGAAAUUGUCUUCACAGAAGCAAAGUGGAAGUGCAGAACAGCCAUUAAAAGAUGAAAUCAAGGAAGAAAAUUUUGGAAAAGUAGAAGCCAUCAAUGAGCAUGCUAAAGCUUCACCUGGCAAGGUGAUUGAAGGUCCAACUCCACUGGAGUGUGGGAAGAAGAGGAAAAGAAACUCUUCAAUCAAAGAGAAACUGGAUUUAGAUAAAGAUGAAAAUUGUGAUGGCACCCAAACAAGCAUUGUCGAAGUCAAGUCUAAUGGAUUCCGGCAUAAUGGAAGCAGGCGAAAAAGUAAGCCCCGUCGAGCUGCUGAAGCAGUUGUUGAGUGCAGAUAAACAUUUGGUGGUUGAUUAUUGGCGGAAGAUCUGUCCCAUUUAUUUGGGCAGAUGGUUACCAUUAUAAAUUUAGGAAGUGAAACGUGGUAAUAUCUAGUCUCCUGUUUCUGUUACUUGUGAUUUUUUUCAUUUCAAUUUUUUGUCACUGCCCAAUUUUGAUAUCAAAAGAGGGACUAAAACUUCACUUUGUUUUUUGUAGUUCCCAAUACUUUUCUUGUCACAAAUUUAGAUCUAUUUCUUAAGAACACGAAUACAUCAGUUAAUAUAUGAAGCUAGAAGCAUGGUCGACUUUGUAGACUUUAUUCCUA